CUCCGAGUCGGUAGCCAACUUCAUCCUCGGAAAACACGAACACGGUGGAUCUCUGUCAGAGCUGUGAGGUCGUUGUUAUCCCAUUAACUCCGUGGAAACGCGUCCGUGGGAGCCUCGCGGGGGUCUGAUCACACCUGAACUUAUCCCGCAUCACCUCGCUGACGCGCGCGGCGGGUCGUUUCUGUCUUUUCUUUUAUUAUUUCUUUAUUUUUACCGCAGUGCAUCUGCAGCAUCCUGCGUGACAACAGGAGCCGCUGUGGCGUCAGAGACCAGGAGCCGCUCUCCGGGCCGAGACAGAGAGCCUUUCCUGCCGCGGCCGCCUGCGAUGCCAGCGCGGCGGAACCAGCGCGUCCAGGAGCCGGGGGCCAGCAGAUAGGUCCGGCCGGGGAGCACGCCGCGUUUCGGGGCUCCGCAGGACAGAACGGAGGCCCAUGAUUCAGCCCGGCAGCCUUUCUUCCCAUCUCACCAUCCUGUGGUCUGGAUUUCACUCCCGUAGCAUCGAAUAGGUAGCCUUCACAUGAGCCGCUCAUGCACCGGCAUGUGAGGACAGCCAGUAGCGGAGGCAGUUUGCACAUUUAAAGGCCCGUUUCUCAUUGUGAAGUUAUUAUUGUUUGGCUCUGGUGACCCUCUGAGACCUCAGGACCAAAGCGCACAGCUCAGGAAGGACUGUGAGGCUGCAGCAAUAACUUGGAGGUAGAAACCAAGCAACCGACGGGAAGCUGUUGCAGGUUGGAGCCAAAGAGCAGAAACGCUGCCAGGAUUCAAACGUUUCUCCAGUUUGCACUUUCCUCCGCUUUCACCGGGUGACCUCCGUCCUUUAAACCAAACAGCGAUCAGGAGAUUCAGGUAGAUCCAGGUAGAAGGUGCAGGGAGAAGACAUGAUGGCGGCCGUGGCCCCCCUGCUGCUCACCGCUCUGCUCUGCGGCCUGCUUGCGCCGCGGUGCGACGGCGCCUGUGCAGAGGUGGACUCCGACACCGAGGCCGUGGCGGGGCGAGGCUUCAAGCUCGGCUGCAUCUCCUGCAAGAGGCGCAGCGAGGUGGAGGGCUCCGCCACCGUGGAGUGGUACUUCCGGCCCGAUGGGGAGUCCGACUUCGUCCAUAUCUACAGCUACAAUGAGAACGGACCCACCAUCGAACACAACUUCUUCGAGGAUCGCAUCGACUGGAACGGCAGCAAGAGGAGCAACGACAUCCAGGACGCCUCCAUCUACGUUCUGAACGUCACCUUCAACGACUCGGGAACCUACCGCUGCUUCUUCUACCGCACCCUCACCUACGAAAACUACGAGUACUUCGACACCGUGGACAAGGUGGUGCACCUGACCGUGGUGGCCAAAGCCACCAGAGGCACGGCGUCCAUCGUGUCAGAGGUCAUGAUGUACGUGUCCAUCAUCGGGCUGCAGGUCUGGCUCCUCAUAGAGAUGAUCUACUGCUACAGAAAGAUCGCUGCGGCCGGGGAGGAAGCGCUUCGAGAGGCGGCGAAUGCUGAAUAUUUAGCGAUAGCUUCGGAGAGCAAAGACAACUGCGCAGGUGUGCAGGUCGGAGAAUAGCACAGGUUUCCUUCCCAGACUGAAAACUUCCCUCCAAGCUGCAUGACGACAUCCUGGCCAGAACCCUCCUCUUCAUCGCCAGCCUGUGCUAACCUCUUCUGGACGAGCUGAACUGGACACGGCCGUCCGCUGACAGCAUGGAACCAGAACUGUACAUAGUCUUGUUGAAGCAUGUCGUAUCAGAAACCAUUAUGCAUUAACGUAUCCAGGUCCAUAUGUAGUCACAGCAGAGAGCUUUUACUGAACCAGCAGCGGAGGGACGUAGGAGACGCACCUCACACAGGUUCAUGGAUAAUCACUGAUUUAUGAACUCUACUUCCACUUUUAUGGUCUGAUGUUUGUGAAGGUAAAGAUUAACAGCAAUAAUUUGGGUUAUUUAGCCUCUUAUAAGUGGAUAAAAUGGGGGUUUAUUUUUAAAAUUCAUAUCUUCACCAUUUAAUUCAUACAUUUAAAAAAAUGUCAGUUUCAAAUUAAAUAUGUUAACAAGCUAAAUAUUCAGAUUAGCUUAAAGUUUUAAUUAGCAAGCUAAAUAUUUAGUCUGUAAAGUUUAUUUGAAAAGCACAUUUCAGCAACAAGACCGUUCAAGCUAAUAUGUAGCUUCAAGCUAAGCUAAAUAUUUAGCUAGCGAAGUAAACAUGUAGCUAAAAACUAUUUAAUUUAGCUCUAACUAGUUAUUUUUGCUAACUAAAUGUUUGGACCUAAAUAUUUAGCCUUCAUAGUAGAUAUUUAGCUUGUUAGUUAAAUAUUUAGCUCUAAGUUAAAUUUAGCUCCAUUAAUUAAUAAAUUGAGCUAAAUAUUUAACAUUCUGAUAUAAAAUUGGUUGAAACCUGACAUGCACAAAUGAAUAAAAUGGUGAAAACAUAACAUUAAAAAUGUCCCUCCAUUUUUCUUCCUGUCAGACUAAAUAACUCAAAUUAUUGCUGUUACUUCUUAACUGUGGAACUUUACAAACAGCGCCCCCUACACUAACUCAUAGUUCUACACUUGAUAUAAUUAAACGUGAUAAGAACCUGA